AUGUGUCAAUUAAAAAUUUAAAAAAAAUCAAAAAUAAUUAAACACAGUGAUUAGCAUUUAGCCUUCUAAAUCAAGUUUCACUAUAAUUAUGAUAGCAACUGACUACAUACACAGUCUACCCGAAAACAAUAUUUUUUUGCAAUGUAAGAAUUAUUUAUAUCAAAGUAUUUUCCACAUCCUAAAUGCUUUAGGAUGCCAAUUUUACUUAGAUAUAUUUUUAGGUGCAUUCACAUGUCUGGAAAAGCUAUUGUCUCCUUGCUUGACUGGUCCAAAUCUUUAUGAAACACACACCUCUUUUCUCAAAGAAGAAGGUAUAGGAGAAAUUCGCCCAACCUGUAAUUCUUGGUGUUACUGUUUAGCCAGAAAUUUAUAAUUCAAGUUUUUAUGUAUUUUUGAGUUAGUUGAUAUAAGAACUUAGUCAAAGAGUGAAUGUUUAUUUUCUGCUGUUUCUGUCCCUUGGAUAAACACAUAAGUUAUAUUCUUUUCAUUCCUAUAUGUCCACUUCUGAAUGGAUGGGACAAUUUGGACAAUCUCAGUGACAUGGUGUCUCAACUUUUAUAUUAAAUUUGGUAUUCUUAUAUGAAUGCUUUACUUUUGAGUUGAGAAAAAGAAGGGUGUAAAAGUAGCGAAAUACUAACAUGAAACACUGGAUAUUACACUGGAUGUAAGCUCACUAUACAAUCUGUGGCUUAGACACAGUAACUUUUUCUCCCUGGAUAAACUUGUGGUGUGGUGUGUUAUUCAUUGAAUAUGAAUAUGCUUUUUGUUUAACAGAAUUUCAGUUAAAUUAUUGUUAAACCAUUUCCUCCUCAGGAAACAGAUUCUUGAUUUAUGGAGUAAUAACUUCCUUUUGUUCAUCUAAUAAAAAAUUCAAGAGCCAUGAACAUCACUUAGUUUUCUACCUUUGUUUAGAGAAAAUGCAAUUGCCUGAUUCCUGUGGAGAACAUGCAAAUUGCAAUGCCUGUUUGCCCUGCAUCUGGGGCAAAGGGAAACCAUUUUGAUGCCUUUUGUAGAAGAAGCACUAUCUCAUUUUAUGCACAAUGUUGCCCACUGCCUCAACCAGCAUUGGGUAGUUUUAAAAUGGCCUAAAUGUAGGCUGGCCAGUGGCUUUCUCUUGAGGUGGUCAAGCAUGAGGGUUUCUGCCUAAUAGAGAAACAAAGGCAGAGGUAGUUCCCUUAUGUAUCAAAUCAUUCCCUCUCUUUGGCAUUUUUACCGAAGAAGAUGGAGAGCAGUGAUCCAACAGAAGUGGAAGAAAGUCAACACAAUGGCUCCAGGGUGUCCUGAGUGGAAAGUAGAGAGUAGCUGGUUUCUAGCACUGCCAUGAAUCCUUUUGCUUCUACAUAUAUUUAGGUCAUAUUCACACACACACAAAUAAUUUGAGUGAAUCACAAUUACCUUCAGUGAGAAGGGCUUGAUACAAUCCCCAAACAAAUGCCAUUUUUUAUUGCAAGGUUAUACAGUAUAGUUCGUCCCGAUUGACCUGGAACAAGGCCUGUGGCAAAAGGAUUGUAUUUGUGUUUACAAACUUACUUGUAAAAGACUUCUUCCUGAGAAAUUAGAUAAUUGCUUAUUUGGGGGGCCAAGAUAGUAAUAAGUCAUUUAAAAAUAUCUUUGGAAUUUGCAGAAGCAAAGAAAAAAAAUGACAGUCCCCCAACGGGCAAAAUGAGUAAGUCUGAUGACAUCAUUUGGUAGUGAGAAAUUGAGGAAAUGGGAACUCAUCAGAGGGUACCUGGGUGACACUUGGUAAAUGUGAAGAUGUGCCUCACAUAAACACACAUAAACACUCCUCAGCAGGUGUUUACUUAGGAAAUCCUUGCAGAUGUUGCAAAGACACUCAUAUAAAAAUGUGUAUUGCAGCAAUGUUUAUAAUAUGAAAGAUAUCUCAUUCAUACUUUGAAUGUAAUGAAUAAAAGUGAAUGAAAAAACUGGAAGCAUCCUAAAUAGUUCAUUUCCACAUUUCUGUAAGCCUCAUUGCAGAUCUCAGGGACAGUUACUACCAUCAUCCCAUUACACAGACGAGGACACUGAAUCAGAGAGGUUACAAACUUUGCCCAAAGAGAGUAAAGAAGAGAGGCAGGAUUCACACCCUGGAAGCUUGGCUUUAGAGUGCUUACUCUAUGUUAAUUAUUUCUGUAACUUUCUUUCUUAAGAUUGCAUGGACAUGUGGAGUGUGAUAGAGCUAAUGCUCAGUAGUCUUAGCAUAUGGGAGUAGUGACUACCCUGGGGUUGGUAAGUGCUCAGUGAUAUUUGUUGAAUCGAUAUUUGGGUGCCGGGGGCAAGUAAAUGAGAAAUUACUAAAUGUCCAGGAACCAACCAUCAAAACGAGGCAGCACUGGAAUGAGUGGGACAGUCCUUGCAGCUCCACGGAGCCUACAACAAAGAGUUUAGAAACUUAAAUGACUCCAGGUUGAAUAAGGACGUUAGUACACAUACCUGUUAGACUGGGGCAUAGUCAACUUAAUGUGGCAGUUGUAGAUAAGCUACUUUAAAGUAGUUAAUGCUAGUAGUGAGGCAUUUGGAGCUGGAGAUAAGACUAAUUCUCCUCAAAACAGUGUGGAAGUGAGCAGGGACUUGGAGCUUCAGAAGUCAGAGAGCAAAGGUGAGACCAGACUCCUCAAGACAGGCCCAUCCCAGGCAUAACUGACUCCCAGGCAGUGGGUCCCAGAAGGGAAAAGUUUAUGCAUGUUUUCCUUAAAAAUGUAGUCACCAUAUUUAGAGAACCCUUCUGAUAGCUAAUCUAAAUCUGUCUCUAAAAUUUAGUCUCACACAUUCUUUUCAUUACAUUGUUAAGAUAACAAGAAUAAUUCCCAGCGGACUUCCAUUUCUCCUUUAUGGAUACUUCAUUUUAUUUUGUACUUGAAAACUGUUAAUAAAUCACUCUCUAGAUAAGUACAAUUCAGUGCUAAGGCACUUAGCUUAUCUGACCUUCACAUUAAUUAUUUUUAUUAUAUGAGUAGGAACUUUUAACGUCCCUUUUCCUCUUCCUUAUAAAGCCACAUGGCCCCAAGUAGACACAGAUCUCUCACAGUGCUUAAGGGCAAGCUCCUUAAACAUGUAGAUCUCUUAAAAGUUCUCUCUCAAGUAUGCUGAUCUGAACUUCAGGUUUCCUCGCUAGAUUUAAGGGGACUUGAAUCUACUUGAGCAUGAGUGUUUUGAGAUGGCUCUAAAAUUCUUGCAAAAACUGAAAGUGAAAUGAGGAAGACAGAUUGAGCAAUCCUUUAGAAGAGCAAGCACCCAUAAACCUACUGUACAGUUAGGGCAGAGAUGCAGAAAGGCAGAAAGAAGAAAAUUCAGGAGAACUCUCCUGAGGGGUGAGCCCAGCUCUGCACUGUAGUAAAUGCAGGACACCAACAAACACAGAUAACAGGAAAUGAUCCAUUCCCUGUGGUCACUGAUUCUAAAGGCCCCAACCUUCAAAGCUCAAGGAGUGAAGUGGAUGAUUCCACGGAGAGGGAGCAGUCACGCCUUUCUUCUAGCCUCAAAAAAAGAGAAGAAAUGAAACCGAAGGAGUGUGUUUCCAUCCUCCCGCAGAAGGAAAGCCCGUCUGUGCGAGUCUCCGCAGACAGACAGCUGCUGGCUGCAACCCUGCUGCUGGCACUGCUGUCCUGCUGCCUGGCGGUGGUGUCUUUCUACCAGGUAGCCACCCUGCAAGCGGACCUGGUGAGCCUCCGGGAAGAACUGCAGGGCCACCAAGCUGAGCAGCUGCCAGCCCCUCCUGAGGAAGCUGUAGGAGUCCCCAUGGCAGCCCUGGGGGAAGCUCCAGCUGUCACCCCAGGACUGAAAGAGAUCUUUGCACCACCAGCUCCAGGAGAAAGCAACUCCGGCUGGAGCCGCAGGAGUAAGCGUGCCCUUCAGGGGUCAGAAGAAACAGUCCUUCAAGACUGCUUACAAUUGAUUGCGGAUGGUGACACACCCACUAUACGGAAAGGAUCUUACACAUUUGUUCCAUGGCUUCUCAGCUUUAAAAGAGGAAGAGCCCUAGAAGAAAAAGAGAAUAAAAUAUUGGUCAAAGAAACGGGUUACUUUUUUAUAUAUGGUCAGGUUUUAUACACCGAUAGCACCUUUGCCAUGGGACACCUAAUACAGAGGAAAAAAGUUCAUGUCUUUGGGGAUGAAUUGAGUCUGGUGACUUUAUUCCGAUGUAUUCAAAACAUGCCUGAAACACUACCCAAUAAUUCCUGUUACUCAGCUGGCAUUGCAAAGCUGGAAGAAGGAGAUGAACUUCAACUUGCAAUACCACGGGAAAAUGCACAAAUAUCUCGAGAUGGAGAUGGCACAUUUUUUGGUGCAUUGAAACUGCUGUGACCUACUUAACACCAUGUUUUUAGCUAUUUUCCUCCCUUUCUCUGUACCUCUAAGCAGAAAGCACUUAACUGGAAAUACCAAAAAGAAAAAAAAAAGUAGUUACCAUAGCCUUUUCUGUGAGCUAUUUGUUUUGGUUUGCUGAAACUAGUCCAAAACAGGAAAUUUAACAGACAACCACCACGGCCAAAGAGUGUCAUGUGAAUUACAAGAAAUAGAGCCCAUUUGAGGAAAGAUAGAAUUAGAAAGACUUUUCACUAUAAUUCCAUUUGAACUAUUUACUGAGAGCUUCUUGUCUUGAAAGAAGCAGUAUAGAUUGCUUCAAAAAUAGUAUCCCGUCAUUUACUUUCAUGAAAUAAGUGCCACAUCUGUAGGACGUUAAGACAUUUAUUGGAAAUCUCCAGAUCCAUUUUCUAUUUUUACGUUAAAUACAUCCUUUUCCUUUUCAGUUAACAUUACUGAAAGUAAAAAAUAAAAAUUCUAGAAAUCUUCCAUUAAGUACAUAAAAUAAUUAAAAAAUAAAAUAUUAAACAAUUGGACUGAAAAUAGGAUACAUGUAACUAUUUUUGGUUAUUUCAAAUUUGAGAUUUUUAUCUUUAAUAUUAUAUAUUACCCAGAUAUUUGUCAUAGGAGGGAAAUAUUUUCCUCAUUUGUCUAUGCUUAUGUGUAUUUUUUAUAGUUAAUUUCAAUUCAGAAACAUUAUUUAAUGUACGGUAAUUCCAAUUUAUGCAUUUAAAGCAUUAGUUGAAAAAAUAACUGUAAUUGUUCUUAUAUAAAAACACAAUCUCCAAAACAAGUUAAUGAAUACAUUUAUGAUAAUGUAAUAUAAUUUCCGUUUAUUUCCUGUUCUUCUGUUUCAAACUGCUGCUAUUAUAGUUCACAUAUCUGGGCCUUUAAAAAAUAUUCCUGUUAUUAGCUUUAUAGAAAUUGAGAUUUAAUUAAAAUUCUUGGCAUCCUGAAGUAUGUCAUAUGUCAUACGCUACUUAUGAAGAAGAUUAUGAUAUUCCAGAAGACAUCAUCCUAGUUUUCACUUUAUAAUGAAUCAUACUUGAGAACGCCAUAAUACUUACCUUUUGUAAUAUCAGUUUCCUUUGUUUCGCUUGUCUUCUUAUGUCAUUAGUUUAAACAUUAAGCAGUUUACAUCACUCAACAGUUUACUUCGUUACAUAGCAGAUGGAAGAAUAGACUGCAGUGUACAUUAAAAUAUUUCUAAGAUAUACUUUUCGAAACAAAAAUGAUUUAAAAUUUAUGUCUAAAAUAAAACUUUGUUUAAAUAUAUCUGGUUUCUAUAAUUGGUUUUUGGUUAUAAUUGGUUUUUUACUAAUUGGUUCAAAAUAAAAUAUAUUUUGCAAUUUAUUUUGUUUUACAUUAUAAUUUAAAAAGAGAUGUGGUAGGUGGAGUUAAAGUUUUGAUACUAGGAUAGGUGGUUAGUGAUUUUCUAUUGUUGCUGCUAACUUGGAUUGCCAAAUAAAAGAAUUCAGUGCCUUUUGCUUCA